UGCCAAGCGUCUCGAACCGCCGCCGGAGAGCCACCGCCGCCGCUGUUGCUACUCCUACUGCCGCCGCUCCCGCCAGUGUCAAACGCGCAGUGCCGAUCGACGUGAGUGUAAUCCGCGCGCCAGCUAAAAAGUUCGUAAACAAGUGAAACCGGAAAAGCGGAAAACUGUGAACUGUGAAGCUUGGAUGAUUGGAUAGUAUUAGCAAAAAAGACUCUCCAACGGUGUGCGGGAUAAAAAAUAGGAUGUGCUGCAAUUUGUGUUCACUGCCGCCGUCGCUGCGUAGUCACUUCUUCUUGUAAUCGGAGACUUUCCUCUCCGGGCAGCAUGUUGGUGUCUGUGAUUAUCUCGAUGGUGAUGGUCGUUACUUCUUCAGGAGCAGGCGCCGGGGCGCACGACGCGCCCGCCGCGAGCGUCGGCAGCGUCAGCCUCGCCUCGAAGAAGUUCCGAGACUUCCUGCAGGAGUGGCCGACCCCCGGGACGGGACCAUAUUUCGACACGAGCAUAAAUUCAAAUAUCACCGGCCUCGUUGGGAAAACCGUAAUGCUGCACUGCCGAGUGAAGAAUCUCGGCAACCGAACGGUUUCAUGGGUGAGGCAUCGAGAUAUUCAUUUACUGACAGUGGGAAGAUAUACUUACACUUCCGAUCAGCGAUUUGAAGCGAUUCACUCGCCGCAUACUGAAGAGUGGACGCUGCGCAUCCGCUAUCCUCAGCGGAAGGACACCGGGAUUUACGAGUGUCAGAUUAGCACGACGCCACCGAUAGGCACACCCGUCCAUUUGACUGUUGUCGAACCAAUAACAGAAAUCCUUGGAGGUCCUGACCUGUUCAUCAACUUGGGCUCGACGAUCAAUCUGACGUGCCUGGUGAAGUACGCCCCCGAACCACCGCCGACGAUGAUGUGGUCACAUAAUUCGGUAGCGAUCAAUUUCGAUUCGCCACGCGGUGGUAUCAGCCUGGUGACGGAAAAGGGCCCGGUAACCACCAGCCGCCUGCUCAUCCAGAAAGCAGCCCAGGGUGAUUCCGGGCUUUACACCUGCUUGCCCACCAACGCCAAUGCGUACAAUGUACGCGUGCACAUCCUCAACGGCGAACACCCCGCAGCGAUGCAUCAUGGAAGGGGUUGCUGGUCGACAGAACCACACAUGUUGAUCCUCAUCAGCCUACUAUUGCUCCUGAUACGUCAAACAACGUAGCACAAACACUUCUAAACUGCGAGUGAAAACCUAAAAAUGAUAAAAAUUUUAUAAAACGGCGAUUAAUCUAACCACUUAAGACAAAAUUUAACCGGAUUCAUCAUUUCGCAAACCAGUUCAUGUUUAUAUGUUACAACUAAGACAUAUAUCAAAGCAUUAAUAAAUUAAUUAAUCAAUAAACUAACGUAGGAUAACA